AGUAUCAACAAUUUUACAUCACAGUAUGUCAGUAUCAUUCCACUUUUAUUUUGGUGAUUAAGCAAGGUGAGUUCUAUUUUAGCAUUUUAAUUAUUAAUGUUUUACUCAACCAUUUACAGUUCAUAAUAAUCCUUGAAUAUUUAGGCCAUUAUUGUACACAUACUUUUGUUUUGAAACUUUCAAACCCUAACUUAACUAAUUAACUCCGAUCCAACUUUCAAAAAAAAAAAAAAAAAACUCCGAUCCAUCUUCAUCUCCAUCUCCUUCAGGCAGGAGAUAAUAUACUGAUCGCAGAAGAGUGCGUUCAUGGAAACUAGAUCCGCCAAAAGGAAAAGGCUUCUAUUGAAUCGACUCCCCUCCUGCGGCGGCUCCGACCGUCUCAGUGAUCUUCCCGACGCCGUCCUCCACCACAUUCUCUCCCUCCUCCCCAUCCAAUCCGUCGCCCGGACCAGCCUCCUCUCCAAGCGAUGGACCCACCUCUGGCACUCCUUCCCCGAUCUCGAUUUCACCACCGUCGGUCCCGCAUUCUCCGACGACAAUAAUAAUAAUGGCAACUUCUCUUGGGUUGCCAACGGAGCGGAAUCCGUGUACCGGGUCUUGACCCGCCGGGGACGCGGUUCCCUGUUGCGGGCCCUACGUUUCCGGGCCCGCGUCACCUUCUCCCGCCUCAACCGCCUCCUCCGCUCCGCGGUCAACCUCGACGUCCAGGAACUGGACGUCGAGGUCGCCACCCGGGACUUUCUCAAUUUCCCGAGGAGCGUCAUUUCGUGCGACACGUUGAGGGUUUUCAAGCUCAAGUCCCGCUACCCAGGCUUCCGCUUCCCGCCUUCCUCCGUCAUGGCCCGCGGGUUCCAAGCCCUGCACACCCUGUCCUUGUCGCUCGUCGUUCUCGACGACCAACCCUCCCUCCUCGACCUCUUCACCGACCCCUCGUUCCCGAGGCUCAAGACGCUGAGCCUCGACAACUGCUGCGGCCUGACGCGUCUGGCCGUCAGCUGUCGGGCACUUGAGCACUUGAGCCUCGAGAAUUGUCGCGACCUCAACUGUUUGGAGAUCACGGGCUCAAAACUCGAGAGGUUGCGGGUCGAACGUUGUUUCGACCCGUGCGCCACUAACGACACUUGGGUCAAAAUCGAUGCCUCGAGACUCCAAUCUAUCAUUUGGUCCGACAAUACCAUCGCCGACAAAUGUUGUCUACAAAAUUUAGUUUCACUCCGUGAAGCCUUCGUUGGUUUCUUCAUCCGUUUUCAAGACCUCACUCACCUCAAGCUUCUCAGUGUCUCCCAAUUUUUGUCCGGAAUCGCCUCUUCCCGCUCUUUGGUUCUCGAAUUUCUCUCGAUCGAGAUUCUCUCAAAGAACAAUCACAUAUCGGGUGUUUCGCUAAGUGGUUUUGACAAGCUAAAAUCUUUGGAAUUGCACACAGUAUUGGAAAAGCGUAACAUUCCAGGAUUGGCAAACCUAUUCAAGACUGCUCCAAACAUACACACACUUAUAAUAAAGAUUGAAAGAAACAUGUACAAGAAGGACAUGGAGCACGUGACGGCGAUGGAAGGAUUGUGGGAGUCACACAGAGAGUCGAUGGGGUCGUUUUUGGAGCACGUAGGGGUGGUGAAGAUCCACGGGGUUUCGGAAAGCGGGGACGAGAUCGGGUUCGUGAAGUUCUUGCUCAAGUAUGGGAAGUUGCUGCAGGAAAUGGCGCUGUAUGGAAGACGAUGCAAAUGGAGCGAUUCUCGUCUGAGGGAAAACACCAAGUACGAAAUAUUGGGGUUUUCUCGUGCUUCUUGUCAUGUUAAGAUUGCUUUCUGCUAAUUGUUCAAUUAUUUUUACUUAAUGUUUGAAACACUAAUAUAUAUAGUACUCCAUUAUUGAUUUCAUCUUCAUCACACAUAGUAUAUGUGUUAUGGUGGAACUUGACCGGACGUGAUGGAAUGUACCAGAUUCACCCACGGUAAGAGGGUGGGUAGUGUAGAUAUAUAGAAAAGAGCGUGUUAUGAAGCAUGUAAGCGGGAGUGACAAAAAAUGAUAGAAUGAAAAUAUGGAUUAUUU